AUGAAAGACUGGCGCUCUACCUUUCUUACGACAUCGACGUGCUGCUCUGGCAUAAGUGGUGGCGGUACGGAGUCCACAGUGCAGGACUCGGAAAUGCUCACGACCUCGCGGCUAAGUAGCCUGUACGGCGGCGCGGAUCGCUCGAAUCAGCGCUUGACGAUACUGGAAGAGGAUUUGGAGGUAGCGGAUGCGUCACUGUCAUUGCAGAAGCAAAUUCAGAAGAAAUUGUUUGAGUUUCACCAAGUGCGCGUGCUGAAGCAGUUGCCGCUACCUGACUGGAUAAAAAUAUUUGUGCCACGCAUUGUGCGUCUUCAGACUGGCACUGUUCCUUAUAUUGAGUACGUGCGCACUGAGAAAGGCGAGGUGCGACAGCGUCAAAUGAUCAGCGUAUGGACGCGUGUGGACCGCCUGCCUAAGAAUAAGCUGUCAAUUGACUUUCGCAUGCCGGUGGAUGACGAAAACUCCGCGCCUAAGCGUAGUUCAGUGGGGUCUAAAAGUACAAAUGACAAGGUGGCGCUCGAUAAGUGGAUACUGAAGUUUGAGACGAAGAACGAAAGGGAUACAUGGGUUAAACUUGUGCAGGAUUCUAUCGAUCUACUUGGGUGGAUUGCCAAGUUUACGCUUGGUAGUGUGAUCAUGGAGAUGGAGAAUUCGUCGGUUGUGGAGUGCUCCACGUGGACAGAUCGUGGCCGCCCGUCUUACGUGAUGAAGUCAAUGGAAACUUCAUCGCCUAAGAAAAGCCACUCUGCUCGCAACGAGAUUGAAAUUCAGCGAAAGCUGACCAACUACUCGAACCACCCGAACAUUGUUGCACUAUACGACUCCUUUCACCAAAAGGAUCGAACUUAUUUAGUAAUGGAAAACUGCAUCGGUGGCGAUCUUUACGAUUUUAUCAGCCAAAACGGCGGCAUGGACGAGCACGAUGCCAAGACGCUGUUCCGCCACAUUGCUAGCGCUAUCAGCCAUUGUCACGAGCAUGGCGUUGUGCACCUUGACAUUAAGCCCGAAAACCUCUUUUUCAAGGUGUCAGCCAUGCAAGCAGAGACUAUUAAAUUAGGCGACUUUGGCUCGGCCAUGCUUUUGGAAAAGAACGCGUCGAAGAAGGCUACUAGUUGUACGGUGGGUUACGCUGCACCGGAGGUACUCCAGAAUAAGGAGAUUUCGACCGCCGCUGACGUGUUCAGUGCUGGUGCGGUACUGUACACGAUUCUGUGUGGGCAUUCUCCGUUUAGUGCACCGUCUGAGGACGAAAUGGUCGAGCGAACCUUAUUGGGCGAGAUUUUCUUUGACGAGUUUGAGUGGUGGCGAAUUGGGAAAGAGGCCCGAGAGCUUGUAGAGCACAUGAUGCACCACGACGCCAAGCAGCGCCCAAGCAUAAAGGAAGUGCUGGGGCAUUCUUGGUUUUGUAAGUGUUAG